UGAAACUGCAAUGCUGGCACUUUUAUAAGGCAGCCCACUCAAGCGACCACUGGACAAUUAUGAGAUGAUCUCAGGAAGUAAAUUGAAAAGUUUUUGUUUAAGAUUGAUAAUACAUAUCAGAGUUUGCACAUGGGGAAAUCAGUGUCUGAUGCACCCACAUCCAAGCCAUACCAGGGAGUGAGAGUCAAAGACCCUGUGAAGGAGUUGCUGCGUAGGAAAAGAGGAAACGCUGCCAAAGUGGCACCCCCCACUGCAAUGGUGAUUUCCAGCAACACUUUGUCAUCAUACACACAUGCAGGAGCUUCUAGUUUUGUAGAAGUCAACCAGGCUGGCUUUAAUGAUUCAGUAGUAGAUGUCAGCGGGCUCUACACAGGAUGGCUCGCCCAGCCCACCAGCACAGCUGCUGUCCAGCCUCUUGGCCACUGGUCGUCUCCAGACUGCCAACAUCAUGACCCCUCCAGCACCACUGAUAUGUACGUCCAGCCCAUCUGUCCAAGUUACACUGUGGUGGGCCCUUCCUCCAUGCUGACUUUCACCCACACACCUCUCUUCACCAACCUUGGGACCAUGAGCACCUUCAACUCAACUCUGCCUCAGGAGGUCCCAGAUUCCUCCUUGACGUACAUUCCAUGGGCCCAGCCUUUAUCUACAAUCUCCAGCCCUGUCAUGCAGGCCCCGUCAAUACAACCAACCCUCUCGGCCACCCAGCUCUUCCCUCUACCCCUGACCUUGCCAGUUGUCUCAUCAGAACUGGAGCCUCAGCACAUGGAGCCUCCCCAGGCCACAGAGGGCACUUUGGCCCUUGAGAAGCUGCUGGAAGAAGAAGACGAAGGCCACAAAGACACAUACAUCUGCAACCCCUCACUGUUUUCAGAAGAUAUUUAAGAUAUUCAUGCAUUAAAACAGAUUUGUGUUCAGCUUCUGUUAAUAACUGCUCUGCUGAGGUGUAUCUAGAGGUGCAGAUGAUUUAGGUUCAUAGCUGGGCAGCAAUUGGAAAAAAAGUGUUUUGUGACAAAUUAAAGUCAUUUUAAGAUGGCUUUGUUAAUCUGCAAAUAAAAAAAUUUGCCAAAUAAUAUAACCUAUAAAAAUAUAGGUAACAUUUUGCAUUGUACAGUAGUUUCCUUUGUAAAGGGUUUAUAAAAAGAUGAAUUAAUAACUACAUUAUAUGCAGUUACAUGUAUAGCAUAUAAAGGGCAACUUUCAGAAAUAGACUAUUAUAGUGAGAUUAAACAAACUGAUUAUGUAAUUUUGCUAUAGUUUAAUUACAAAAUGUAUGUAGGCUAUAUAAAAAAAGUGUAUUUGUGUACAUAGAUUUCCAAAGUUGGCAACACUUUAGUAAAUGUUUCACAUCAAUCUAAUUUACAUUAAGGUACAUUUUCAUGGGUUACUAAUGUUGAACAAGUGUUAUUAUACAUUUAUAACAUGAGGUAUAUGGCUCACUAUUUGGCAGAUUUUGCAUGAAAGUCAACCUUUUUAUGCAUGUAGGUCAACUGCUUGUUUUUAGAUUACCUCUUAGUCAAUAAUAAACCAUGUUAUAAUCCCUUAAGUAUGAGAACAUUGAUGUAAAGUGUCACAAAAAGUUUAAUUGUUGUAGGGACUAAACAAGAUAGUCAAGAUUAUAACAACCAUCAUAAAACAUAGCAUGGAAGUUAGCACGUUUUGCUGUUCUUUGUGUACAGUUUAUGAGUAUGUAAAUUAAAGAGCAAUCAGCUUCUCUGAAAUUUUGAGAAAUUCCCCAUGGGUGUUAUUAUUUUAUCUUUACCUAGAGGCUUUCUUAUAUGCUCUUCUUGUCGUCUCACAUUUUCUAAUGAUGUUUGAACAAGGGUCAACUUUGCUACUUGAUCUACCGUGAAAUCUGAUUCACUAGAAGUUCUUUGCAUGUCACUUACUGUAUAUAUUUAAAUAACACGUAUGACAAUAAAGCCAACGAUGUACAGGUGUUUUAGGAUGUGUGUUUUGGUGGUGUUUUAUGCUGUUUUCAUAAUGGUCUCGAACAUGGUGUGAUGUCAAGUUUAGCUUACACUGCCUUGUCAGCUGCUGCCAUGCUUUUGGGUAUCAAAAGAAGACCUUUACGCUUGUGUUGGUCUUGACACUUGAGGUUCACUCUUAAAGGAGAUUAAGGUCACCACCAUGUUUUCUUUUUCCAUUCUUCAUUAUUAUUAAAAUGUACAUGAGUUCAAUAAAAGC